CUUUAUUUACCCAAAAUGGCCGGUUCGUAGUCGUGCAAACAGGAAUGAAAACACACGAAAAUAUAUCAUUUAUGUUACUUUACUUUAACGCUUUUCGUUAAAAARUGUCUUUAAGCUGCUGUUAGGACCGUUCAACAUGGGUAACACUCAAGGAAAUAAGCUCAAAGAUACCUCCAAGUCAGAAUCUAGCUCAACGCUUGAAUUUGAAACUGGCAAGAAAGUGUUUCCCAGUGAGGAAGAAGCUAAAAAAGCCCGUGAAGCUCACAUGAUACAGAGAGAAGAGCCAUCAGGCUUUGAUUUUGAUGAUGAAAACCUUGAACCAGAGCUUCACAAGAAAAUGACUAUCCCUACUGUCUUCACCUGGCUGAACGGAGGGAGAGAGAUCCUGUUAUCUGGAAGCUUUAAUGAAUGGAAAACUAGAAUACCUAUGAAUUACAGUCACAACGAAUUCACAGCUAUUAUAGAGCUUCCAGAGGGAGAACAUGAAUAUAAGUUCUGUGUAGAUGGCAGAUGGAUACAUGACCCUAACUUACCCACUACAAAUGAUAACUUUGGUGGAAGAAACAAUGUUGUAACGGUGCGUAAAACAGACAUGGAUGUGUUUGAUGCUCUAGACAUGGAUGCAAAUGCCAGUAUUGGCUCUGGAUCUGUUAAAUCCCAGUCUGGUGGCUCACCCCCAGGUUCAUAUGGUCAAAUCAUUCCGUCCCAUAACACACCAGUGAUAAUAAGAGACGGCAUGCAUGCCAGUGUACCUCCUGUACUUCCACCUCAUCUUCUACACGUCAUCCUGAAUAAGGAUGUAGUAGACCAUGAUGAUCCCUCCUUGCUUCCAGAACCUGACCAUGUCUCCUUGAAUCAUCUGUAUGCACUGUCUAUCAAGGAUGGUGUAAUGGCACUGAGUGUGACACAUCGCUAUGGAGAGAAGUUUGUCAGCACUAUCCUUUAUAAACCUAUUAAAAAUGAUUAAGCCUGCGUAUCAAACAAUGCCAAGGGUAGUAAGUUAUGCUUUCUUCCCUGGUUAAUCAGGACACACCCAUGCUUACUUUCUAUCAGGAGAUGUUUUAGAUUGAAGACUAGCAUCUGCUAGGAAUGAGGACAAAAUAUUGAGAUAAUAUUUGAAAUAUAACGUAGGCACUGAUUUGCUGGCUACCAUGUUUAUAUUGGAGGAUAGAGACUGACUCACACGAAGUUGUCCAAAAAUGUUUUAUGAAAGUAAUAUGAAACGGCUGGUUAUUUCACUGUAUUGUGAUAGUGGUAUAAACAUGCUGGGAGCUGUAGAGCACUCGAAAAGCAAGAGAAGCACUUGGCUCGCCUUGUUUCUAAGCUUGCUUCUAUCGUGCUCUACGGUUACCAACGUGUUUAUAUUACAGUAUAUAUGCGCACAUUUUAAAUUUCUUAAAAUAUAUUCCUUAUAUUCACAUUACAACCGUUAUAAUAAUUAUUGUUGGCUUUCACAGCUGCUAUCUUGGUUGAAUUAACUAAGGACUUUGUUACAUCAGCCAACAUAGUUACCGUGUCUUUUGUUAUUUUAGUCAGCUAGACACUGUUCCACUUGUAUAGAUUUCGGUUUUAGGUGCGUAUGAUUUGUAAAUAAUUUAUUAACUACUUUAUAAUAAUUAGACCUGCGGCCCAAAUGGUCUACGAGUUGGGCCAAAUAGGCUAUUGACUCGUAGACCAUGAGGGCCAGAGGUCUAAUUGUUUUAGUGUAAAGCUACUAAUUGGUCAAUAUACGUUUGCCCCUCAUUAUAGGGUGAUAAUGAGAUUUAUGAAAUUGAUUCAGCUGAUUGAUACCAUGUAAUAUUAUACUCUCUGGUCAAUAGCACAUGACGGGCAGUGUUUGCCUGUCAUUGUAGGCUGUUAAUGAGAUUCAUUCAGCUGAUUGAUACCAAAUAAUAUUAUACUCUGGUCGAUAGCACAUGACGGGCAGUGUUUGCCUGUCAUUGUAAGCUGGUAAUGAGAUUCAUUCAGCUGAUUGAUACCAAGUAAUAUUAUACUCUCUGGUCGAUAGCACAUGACGGGCAGUUUUUUCUCGUUAUUGAAGUCUAAGGCUCAUGUCAAACAUCAAACUUCACAUGAGCCGAACCUAAUAACAUCAAAGAAGACUGUCUUGUUAUCCAUUAUUUCAAUUAGGUUUGGCUCAUGUGAAGUUCGACGUUUGACCUGAGCCUCUAUAUAUACCUAAAAGCUAGUCACCCAAACCCUAAAAAGCUGAGACCCUGGUACUGAUAAACUAAACAAAAGAAAGCGCGCAAGGGAUUCUGGAAGUUGUAGUUAAUGAUGCCAUAGCUAAAUGUCCUAUUGCAACAAUGUUGUCAUCUAAGCUAAUUAAUUUUUAUUUGGUAUUCUGCUAAUUUCAUUUGACAACGUUUUUGCAAAUAGGUGUAUAUAAAUUAGAUAUAUAUAGAUUCGAAAAUAGGAAAUGAUUAAUAAUAAUAUUUGGAUUUUGUAACUGCAUAACUGAAUGCUCAUAUAUYGUAAUAAAAAGGUAAAUAGCUUUCUUGGAUCCUUUAACCCGUCACUACCGCCCGAGGGGGGUGGGGGGAGGGGGUGCACUUGAGCUAGUUCCUAGUUUAGAUAGGGGCGUGUUGCUGAGAUCCCAAAACCAGCUGAAGUGCAAUUUUAUCUGAGAUUACUAAAGUAUGCAAUAAAUAUUAAAGCAUGUUUCUCAAAUUA